AUGUUGCCGAACCCAGGUUUGCUUUCAUGGGUCGUCUUGAUCUUAUGCCCAAAGUGGCGUCAUCUCACACCGAUUGCUUUGUUUGGGCCCAUCAUUAACGCCAUUACUUACACGGCUGUGGUCUCAUACACAUUCACGCAUCCGGAUCCCGACAGCAACGCUGACAUCAAGAGUUUGGAGGGCAUCGUGGAGCUGUUUCGCAACAACGAUGCCGUCUUCGCGGGCUGGUUGCACUACUGCGUGUUCGAUCCCUUGGUGGGUUUGGGUGAGGUAUUGGACAGCAGAAAAACAGGAGUACCCCAUUUGUUUGUGGUGCCCUGCCUUGUCCUGACCAUGCUUCUUGGCCCUAUGGGCUUCCUCCUCUACUUGUGCAUCCGGGCACUGACAGUGUACGUUAAGGAUGACAGCUUUUCAGUGCAAUGA